GCUGCGCCGCGCGCCAUUUUCAAACCGGCGGCGGGGCAGGGGCCGGGGCCGGGCCUUCCGAGGGCUGCUGGGGUUUCCGCCGUAGAACCGGCCGCUCCCGCCCAAUGCUCUCUGACCGCGGAUCAGCCCGGCAGCCGCUGGGCUCUUGUUCCCUCCGGGCUUUGCUCAUGCCUCGGUAACACGUCCGGCGUCUCCUCCGUGGUUUGCUCUGGAAGAAUUUACCUUCAGCAGUGUGUCGGUGUCCUUUUUUUCCUGAAUUUUACAAAAGCCACUUUGGAGCUGUGUUUACAAUGACGACAACAGCGGAGCGGAAGUUUGUUAACCUCAGGAAACGUCUGGAUCAGCUGGGCUAUCGGCAGCCCUUAGGAGUGGAGAGUUUACCUUUGGUGGAAAAGCUUUUCAGUGACCUUGUUCAUACAACAGAGAGCCUGCGCAGUGCAAAGUUAUCUGCUGGAAAAAUUGAAAAAGAGUGCAGCAAUUACGAUGCUAUCAUAGAGCCAUAUAAAACUGAGACUGCAAAACUUACCAGGGAAAAUAAUGAGCUGCAUUUGGAAGUAUUAAAACUGAAAGAGCAAUCUGAUCAUCAUAUUAAAGAUUUGAAAGCCAGCUUAAGGAGGGCUGAAAAUGAAGCAGCUGACUUGAGAUUCCUGAAUAACCAGUAUGUGCAUAAAAUCAAACUGCUGGAAAAAGAGAGCAAAGCCAAGACUGAAAAAAUUCAGCAGCUUCAGGAGAAGAAUCUGCAAGCAGUGGUGCAAACUCCUGGUGGCAGAAAAAGAAACAUCCCAUUCAGGCGUCAACGCAUGCAGAUAGACCAGCCUGUUCCUCCAUCAGCUGUUAGUGCUUAUCCAGUGCCUCAGCCAGAGGACCCGUACAUUGCAGACCUUCUUCAGGUGGCUGAUAAUCGAAUACAAGAACUUCAGUCAGAAGUAACACAGUUACAAGAAAAGCUAGAGAUAUCAGAAAAUGGAAAGAAGAAUUACAGCAAGCAGGUUGAGCUUAGAGACAAAGAAAUAGAACGCCUCAUGCUAGCAUUGGAUGGUGGUCGUUCUCAUGAAGUUAUAUCUCUGGAAUCAAGAAGUAAAAGCAAUGAGAAACUUAUUGCCCAAUUAAAUUUGCAGGUUGAAUAUCUUCAGCAGUCAAACAAAGAACUUGAAAAUCGCAUUCAAGACCUCUUGGACACAAAAAAAAAUGUGACUAGUGAGGUAGUGCACUUAAGCAAUAAAAAUGAAGAACUCUGUCAAGAACUGAAUGAAAUAGACCAUUUGGCACAGCAGUUGGAAAGACAUAAGGAAAUUGUGCUUGAAACUGCAGAUAAAGAAAUAGGAGAAGCAAAGAAGGAAAUUGAGAGAAAGGACAGUGAAAUACAGGAUCUUGAAGAAACAAUAACGAGGCUUAAAUCAGAGUUGAGCUCAUGUCGUCGACAGAACGAGAGAUUGAGUGAAGAACUAUUUGGAAAAGCAGAUGAUAAAGAGAAUCUUGAACUACUGCUGAACCAGCUUGAACAAGAAAAACAGAGGCUGACAGAAAAAACAGAGAACUUUGAAAUAAAAGAACGAGAACUUGUCCUAGAAAUAGAAAGAAUGAGAUUAGAAUACGGUAUAGCUCUAGGAGACAAAUCUCCAUCUCGUCUAGAUGCAUUUGUCAAAACUUUAGAAGAUGACAGAGAUUAUUAUAAAAGAGAAUUAGAGUAUCUUCAGAAAAUGAUAAAACGAAGACCUAGCCCAAGUCGUAGGAGUCCAGAGAAGAGUGAAGAUCUGAGAUUGAUCACUAGAGAAAGAGAUGAGCUACAGUCCAUGUUAGACAGAUUUGAAAAGCAUAUGAUAGAAAUUCAAUCCAAUGUCAAGCUACUGACUGCAGAAAGAGACAGAUUAAAUAUUCUUUAUGAGCAAUCUCAGAGUGAAUUAAACAGACUGAGAAGAGAAGCAAAACAUAAUUUAGUUUCUCAAAGUCAUGUGGGAGAAGAUGGAGAUGCUUCACUGGCAGACUUUAGAAGACUGAUGGCAGAAAAGGAAAGUCUAAGAGAAAAGUUAAAGAUUCAGCAAGAAGCGGCUAACCUUGAAAAAUCAAAGAUGCAGCAUGAUAUUUCAGUACUGGAAAAUAAUAUCCAACAAUUUGAGUUGGAAAGGUGUGAACUAAAGAGUACAAUCUCUAUCCUGAAAGAAAGAAUAAAGUCUUUGGAAAAUGAAUUAAAAUUGAAGUCCAGUAAACUUAUCCAAACAUCUGAUGAUUCUUCUCAACUUAAAGCUGAACUUUGCUCACUUCACCUCUUAAAUGAACAACUUCAGAGGACUGUGGAAGACUUACAGCACCGAUUCUCUCUCAAAAAGGAUGAACUUCAGUCAGCUCAAGAAGAAAUUGUAAAGCUAGAGGAGAAAAUAGAUAGGUUAAACCAGAAGAGCACUUCACAGGAUGAGGCAGUCAAUGUGCUUAGAAGUACUAUAAGUGUUUUGGACAAAGAAAAGGAUAAUCUGCAAGAAACUGUAGAUGAAAAAACAGAAAAAAUUGCGUGCUUAGAUGACAACUUAGCUAACAAGGAAAAGACAAUUACUCACUUACGGCUAACGCUCUCUGAGCUGGAGUCAUCCACGGACCAGCUAAAGGACCUCCUGAGCAGCAGAGACCGUGAAAUAUCUAGCUUACGUCGCCAGCUUGAUGCAUCCCACACAGAGAUUGCAGAAACAGGAAGAGUAAAGGAAAUAGCUCUGAAAGAAAAUAGGCGACUACAGGAUGACCUAGCUACAAUGACCAGAGAAAACCAGGCUGUCAGUUCUGAGCUCGAAGAUGCAAUACGUGAGAAGGAAGAAAUGAAAACUAGAGUUCAUAAUUAUAUAACUGAAGUUUCCAGAUUUGAGAGUCUGAUAGCUUCAAAGGAAAAAGAAAACCAAGAAUUAUUAGAGAAGUUCCGAAUGCUCCAUACACAAGCUGAGGACUGGGAAAUCAAGGCUCAUCAGGCUGAAGGGGAAAGCAGCUCAAUACGACUUGAACUCCUUUCUGUAGAUACGGAUCGGAGACAUCUUCGAGAGAGAGUAGAACUUCUGGAGAAAGAGAUUCAAGAGCAUAUGAUUGCACAUCAAGCUUAUGAAUCUCAGAUCUCCUCCAUUACAAAAAAUAUGUCUAAAUUGGAAGAGGACAUUAAACGUGAACAUCAGGAUAAGUCCUCCGUGCUGGCUGACCUGACUUCUGUGAGAGAACUUUGUGUUAAGCUUGAAGCUAGCAAAGACCUUUUAUCUCGACAGCUUGCAUCUAAAAGCAUGGAUUAUGAAAAGGUUCUAGGUGAAUUAGAAGAUGUUAAAUCAGAAGCAGAGUUGCUGAAAAAGCAGUUAUCCAGUGAGAGACUUACAAUUCAGAAUCUUGAAACAUUGCUGGCUACCAGUAGAGAUAAAGAAUUUCAGAACCAUUUGACGUCUCACGAAAAAGAUUCAGAAAUUCAGUUACUGAAAGACAAGCUAACACUUGCCGAGGGGAAACUUGCAAUCACUAAAAUCCUUUCCUCCGAGAUCAAGGGAAGUGGUCCUUCCCCUCUACUCAGCACUGGUGAGGCCCCACCUGGAGCUCAGUGUCCAGUUCUGGGAUCCCCAGUACAAGAGUGACAUGGACUUAAUGGAUUGAGCCCAGUGAAGGGCCACGAAGAUAAUUAAGGGACUGGGGCAUCUCUCCUAUGAGGAAAAGGCUGAGAGAGCUCAGACUGCUUAUCUUGGAGACCAGAAGGCUCUGGAGAGGAUCUUAUCUAUGUGUAUGUAAAUAACUGAACAGGAAGGAAGACAGAGCCAGUGUCUGUUCUGUGGUGCCCAGUGACAAGGACAAUGGGCAAUGAGCACCAGUGGGAGCACAAGAGAUUUCUUCUAAACGAGCACUUUCUGACUCUGCCAUUGUCAUGGUUUUAUGAUUUUUGUUGUUGGUAUUCCACAUCAUAACAUCAUGUAGAGUACUGGGAGUUAGAGUUAAUGCUCCAGCUCCACAAAUUGAGUACUGAUACUGAUUGCACAGAGGUUGGGGUGUCUCCCUCUUUGGAGUCAGUCAAAAGCCAAAAGAACUGAAACCGAUACCUACACUAAAUGUAGACAGCACUUUCAUUAUAACUCUACAUAAAAUUUCAGUAAACUAAGUUUUGAAGUUUUCAUUUUCAGUCUCAUCAUGAUGGUAACACCAUUUAUUCUCCUGGGGAUACAUUGGCCAGUGAUUGUAGUGGUAACUUUGCACUGAAUAGCAAGAUGGUGAAAUAGCAGCUGAGUGUAGAUGAAGAAGAAGCCUGAAGUCAAACUAAAUUUCGGAAGAGAAUAAACGUAGAACUAAUAAACCCAGUUAAUAAACACUGCAGUAAGUUGAGAAAGGAAAGUUAUGAAGGGAAAGAUAUGGAAAGUAAAAGGACAGAUAAUGCUUCCCUAUUGUAAGUAGAAUAUAGCAUACCUGAGCUGUCAAAAGAUAUCUGUGAUGACACAAAUGUGCAAGAAAAUCACUUUGGAUUGAUGUGUGUAAAGGCUUACUACUGACAAUUGAUGCCAUACCUCAAAUAACAGUGAUCUGAGUAAAGGUAUAGAUGAUGACACUAUCGAUCACUCUGUGCAUCUCAUUGCUUCAUGUUUUAGAUUUGCUGAAUUUUGUUUACUUGAGAAAAAAAGGAUUUUAAUUUCAUACAAAGAAUACAAACUAAUGGAAUGUCCUGACUGUGAAAUAAAACAUGGAAAUUACAAAACAAGGAAAGAAUGAGGUUUUCAUUUAACAUAAAUUUAGCUUCUUGCAUGCAAAAAAAUAUAAAGCUUUGUUUAAAUUGCUUCAUAAUAUUUCUUUCAAAAGAUUUCUUCUGAAUGCAUUUUAAGGUUCCUUUCUUUAUUGCAAAUGCCUGUACUCUGUUUAUAUCAGAGGUUCUUCAUCUUUCCAGACUAGUGUUCAGGUAUAAGAACUAGUUGCAUAUACUUCUAUUUUCUACUAUCCAGUUUGUAGUACUUGGAGUCUAAAGGACUUUAAAUGCUCACAACUGUGAUUGAAGUAUGUGAGAGUUGCAGUUGUGUCUUCUGAAAAAUGUAGUGGAGUUGUCAGCUAGAAUUGAAAUUUUGCAAAAGUUGUGUGUCAAUAUUUAUUAACGUUAUUCACAUUUUUGGCACUAUUCUGCCUGUGCUUCCACUCUGUUUAUAAAACAGUUCUGAUACAGCCUCUAACUCCAGAAGGAUUCUCAAAAUUAAGUAUAGCUUUGAAGCUCUUCAGUGCCAUAAUAUUAAACUCUGUGAAGAGUGAAUAAGUUGUAUUACUCAAAGUGCUUUUUUCAUAAUGGGGUAAAUGAGUCACUGAGACUGCAGUCAUCAUGUACUAAAUAAACAGCAUAUUCAGUAGCUAAACUACUUGAUGCUAGCUGGAGAUAGUCGCUGUGGAAAGGCCAGAUGCCAUGUGAAAAAUAUUGAAUCACCAUGUAAUUUUAUUAUGUGAUGAUUGCUGUGCCUAGGGGUUCCAAAAUUCUGUUGUUCUUAAUCUUCCUUAAUUUUUGAGUGACUUAAUUCAUCAUCUCUAAUUUUGUUUUAAUGUCAUUUACAUGUACUGACCUCAGAAUUCACAAAACUGCUUUCUUUCUUUAUCUUACAAUAAUGAGCUGGGGCUCUGAGUUCUUACCUUCAUCCCAGAAAUAUAUGCCAGUUUCUGAAGGACUGCGAAUAGCAUAUCAUCGGAGGCAAUCCUUGUGCCUUCUGCAACUAUUUGCAACUGGCUAGAUCAAAAUUACUACAGGAAUUUUAUUGAUGAAUCCGGAAGACAGGAAAAAAUGUUCUGCGUUUCUGGGGGCUCACAUCUCUUGAGUAUUUUGCAUCUCCCUGGAGUCAGAGACCAAUGGGUGCCCAGAUGUGAAGUCUGAUAUUGAGCUAGGAAUGGAACUGGUUUUCUCAGAACUGUAGUUCAGUGCUUACACAGUGAGCAAUGUGUCUUUCCCUUAUCUUUCCCUCUCCAUAACUGACUUCUGGGCACUCAGCUUCAUACUGGCUUUGAAGACAUUAUGGACGAAUACAGCUGUUUAGAUGACUCCUUUUACACUUAAGGAGUGACUUUUUCUUGUUGUUCUGUAAUGCAAUUCAGAGUGUUUUGCAACCAACCACUGAAUUGUCCAAACCAGUGAUUUGCUGAGAAACAUUUUUAAUUACGUCACUUAAGAUUUUCAGGGCUGCUUUUCUUUUUGAUCCUUGUAGUUGAAUCAGUUGACCCCAAACUCAGGAGUGUACUUGGCAAACCUGCAGAUUUUGCUGGUCUGAGCUUGUAUUAAUACCAGCUUUAUUUAGAUGUUAUUCAGUUCUGUUCCUUCCUAGACUGAUACACUUUUUACUGGAGCCAUACCAGUUACGUUUGUGCUUUUUUGUGAAUGGCUACUAUUUUUUUUUCUUUUUCACUGUGCACAUAAAAACGAUUUAAAAUUGCAACAGAAGGCAGUAAAUCAGUAGAAUGGCAAUGUAAUUAUUUUGUCUGCUUUUAUAGAACAUCUCUGCUUACCUUUGCCUGAAAAAGCAUAUAGUGUGUUGUAGUAAAGAUGUAAUGAGAGACUUACAGCUUCUCACAUCUUUCUCACCUUAGGUUCUUCCACAAACAUGCCACUGAGUUGCCUUGGCUCUCCCUGCUUUUAAUCUGUCUCUGUGAUUUGGUCUGUGUGAAACAGCGUGUUGAGUUUCUAUUUUUGUUUUGUUGACUUGCUCUAAUUCCUCUGAGCUCCUAUCUAUCAGCGUUCAAAGAAAACAUUGCUUCUGAUGGUU